AUGAAUAAUCAACCUUUCAACCCCACUUCGGCACAGGGGAAUGGGUCGAACGGGCGUGUUCCAGUCUCAACUCAUCAAGUUCCGAUUUUAAAUAGUACCAAGCAACCGACUCUUACACAAAUAGCGCUCUUAAAUAGAAGAAUAGAGGAGCUUAUUCAGAGGGUAAUAAAGGUGGAAACGGUUCUGUUCAAGAAAGAUGCGGUCGUAUUCAAAUCGAUUAGUGCAUUAUAUGAAAUGGUGGAAACCUUGGUGAAAAAUGAAUCAACGUUACAGGCUGAUCUGGAUUCUGUAAAGAAACAUCAAGUGAAAAUCGAUUUAACACAAUUAAAGAAGGAUAAGAACAUGGGUAGUGAAAGUCCGGUGUCAGCCUCUUACCCAACUACAAUUACGAAAUCGCAAAAUGAUCACAAACGAAUAUCAGGCGACGAUGAGAUCGAAACCCUGGAUUACAUUCCACCGACUCUAACUGAGGAUGAACUAACCGAUGAUAUGCAAGACAUGCCCCUAAGCCAGAUAGGUAGAAUAAAACGAAGAAAAAAGAGAAGUAACAUCGUAGAGUCAAUGAAUCCUAAAAACUUGGGUAUCCGUCACAAGCCACCAAUUCAAAGAAAGAAUCCGUUUGUACGGAAAAUAACUGUUCAAGAAUUAGGAUCUGGAACAGAAAGCAUAUCAGAAAGUGCGUUGCGUCGGCAUAGCAAAAUAACAGAGAAAAACCAAGCAGAGACAAGUGAAAACCAUAAGCAACCUAUAAACGGGACUCCCAAUGAUGGAGAAAAUACUGUUGAAGCUUCUACUACCCCUAAACCACUGACAACUGAAUUUCCUCAAACAGAGGAUAUCGACAUAAUUAGCAGUGGCUCUGAUGAUGCAUCUGAUAAUGAUCGCAUCCAGCCAUCCGAAAAGGUCAACGCUACAUCUAGUUCGACUGGAUCUGUGAACGAAAAUGAGAAUUCACACACUGAUUUAUCCAAUAAUCGCAAUAGUAAACGUCAAUUAUUUUACACAGAAUUUCCAUCACCGACCCCUUUACAAAACUCAGUCAACGUAUCAAAUUCAAUCCUGUUGCCAAGUAGCGAAGUGGGUUCGGCUCCUAGCAAAAACCAGGAACGAAUGCUAAACUCUUCUACUAACUUCAAAGAAUCAGUGGUCACAUCUGUUUCAUCGAAAGAGAGGGAAAGUAUACUCUCGUUGAAGACAACUAAUACUGCACGAGAGAAAGUUGCCGACCCUAAUGAAAUACCGAACACACAAAUCCUAGAUACAAAAGCACCAAAACCGAAUGAAAAUCAUGACAAUGAAGCUCGUAUGUACGAGGAAGUUGCCCAAGAGUUUUGGGACUAUCUCAGAACCGAAGGUUUUGUCAACGCGGAAUAUCCCAAACUGAAAUCAUUGUUGCAAGAACAAUUUAAAAACUACAUAACAAAGAAUGAUCAAAAUUCCAUUAUCCUCAUAUUGCAAACACUUGCGGAAGUAAUAAAUUUGUACGGGAGGACAGACUCAUCAUUCACUUCGACAGAAGUAAACAUGCUACUGAAAAAUUUUGAAACCUGCUCCAAUAAAUUGAAGACUUUGCAACAAAGGAAUCAAAACAGGACGUUCACAGAGAUAAAACAAACUCCAUCAAAGCAAAUUUCUGCAUCGCAGGCAAAAACUGACUUAGAAAUGACUCAGGACGAGAUCUUAGCAAAAAUUAACGAGAUUGGUGAAAUGGUAUACGUGCAAGACAUCAUGUGGACAAAAGACGAACCUAUACGAGCCGUUACUGCCAAGACAUAUUUUAGACUAAGGUAUUAUCGUGCUCUCUUUGGAUCAGAUCUGACUCAGAAUUUGGAAGUAGACUUACCUCCCGAAGUUGUCACUGAGGGACGGAAGAUUGUAACGUGUUUCAACAACAUCUUAAUGACCAAACCAUUUUACAAGAGCUUACCAUUCUUCUUUUGUGAUAUCAUACAGAAAUACUGCAUGGUACAGUCCGGAUUAAAGAUAAAUAGUGCUUGUACGGCUCAGUGGAAGAAGGAAAAGUCCGCCGUGCUUUUGGUUGUAUUUUGGAGAGACAUCACCCGAUCCCUAAGAGGUGUACCAAAAUUCACACUUCUACAGGCGUUAAUGGAACUGGAGAACUAUAGAAUAUAUUCAAAGAAAAAACCUCCGCCCUGUAUAAGCAGCUUGCUGAGAUAA